AUGACACCAUCGCAUGCAGCCACUCCCCCCGAUGGAGCUGCCCCACCACCCACCACAACAACAAUCGACUAUGCCCCCUCGGACCCUUCGUUCUCCUUCCCGUACACGGCGUAUUCGAUCCAGCAAGAGUUGAUGCAACACCUCUACCAAGCGCUCGCUCGGUCGCAAGUGACCGUUAUCGAAUCGCCUACUGGUACUGUGAGCGGUGUCGGAGAGACGUGGGCUCGCUCAGUCAACCCAUCGCGAUGCCCCCCCAGCUGAUGUACUCCUCCCUCCGGCCGGACGCAGGGUAAAUCUCUCUCCCUCAUCUCAGCGAGCCUCACCUUCCUCCGCGACGCCAAACACCACGCCCGCACGAGCCUCAUUGAAACCAUCCAAGCUCAAGUACGCGCAGAUUCGGGCUCCAAGGAUGAACCUGAUUGGGUUUUGGAGCAUGAGAUUCAGAGUCGACUCAAGGCUUGGGAGAGGGAGGAGAGCGAAUUGGAGCAACGCUUGGAGGAGAUUAGGAAGAAGGAGGAGGAACUUAGGAAGUUGAUGCCGUCGGGAGCUGCUCAGAUGGGGAGGAGAAAGAGGAAUGUAUGUGAGAAGAGUGCUUUCACAGUAAAGUCUGUCUGCUUGAUGAUUGACGUUCGCCUGUUCCAGCGCAUCGACGGAGAAAGAGGACCAGACUCGAAGCCGAGCGAGGACGAAUUUGCGCCUGAACCUUACUACGAGACCGAACAAGACACCCACAAAGUCGACGAUAACGGACCCGACAACUUUUCCCCCGCCGUGCGGGCCAUGUUGGCCAAGUCAGUUUCUCGUCCACGGUCGAUCAGUAGAAUAGUCCUCCCUCGACUAACCUCUAACCCCCGCCGAACUUUACAGGAUCAACGGACGAGGUUCGACGGGACCCGAACAGGAAGAACCUGACGUCCAAAAAAUCUACUUUGCCUCUCGAACCCAUUCGCAACUCUCGCAGUUCAUCGCCGAACUUCGAAAGACGCCCUUCUCCCACUCCACGCCCAUCCCCGACGCCCCCGAAGGGAGUCCCACUUCCAUUCCCCCGAUCCGCGUCAUCCCUCUCGGAUCGAGACAGAACUUGUGCAUCAAUGACGAGAUGAGGAAUAAGAGUCAUGGCAGUAAUGAGGUCCUGGGCGAUCUGUGUUUGGAACUGCAAAAGGGUUCGACGGAGGAGAAGCGAUGCCCCUAUUUGCCGCCGAUGAGCGAACCGACCAAGUUGAACGAUUUUAGGGAUCGAGCAUUGGUACGUUGCUUCAUGGGAUUGAUGAUGUCUAUCACAAUGCUCACGUUUGACCGUGCGUUCAGACCCAGGUGGGGGAUAUCGAAGAUAUCGAAGACCUCGGGCGCAGAACCAAGACUUGUCCAUACUACGGGUCACGCAAGGCCGUGAGAUCGGCUCAACUCGUGACUGUGAGCACAUGAUGGCGACCGAUUAGACGAGAUCUGAUUCCAAUCCCUCCUAAUCCGACCGUUUACUUCACAGCUGCCGUACAACAUGCUCAUGUCCAAAGCGGCUCGAGAAGCGCUCGGCGUCUCGGUCAAAGAGUCAGUUCCGAACAAAUCGAUGACUUUCUCCAUCUCAAAUGGGGAGAGCUGACCUUUCUUCCACCCCACUUCCCCCUAGUCACAUCAUCAUCGUCGACGAGGCGCACAACCUCAUCGACUCGAUACUCCAGCUCCACAGCGUAUCCAUCACCACCUCUCAAAUCACCUCCAUUCGCGCAGCCCUCUUGACCUACCUCACCAAAUUCAAAACCCGCCUCAACGGUGCCAAUGCAGCUUACUUGCGUCAACUAGCUCUUCUUCUCAGGGGUUUGGCGGAAUAUGCGAUGAGUUGGGCGAAUGAGAGGGUGAAGGGUAAGAAGAAGGAGGAGAUGGUCGGUGUCAACGCCUUGUUCCAAAGUCGUGGAGGGGCCGUCGGGGGAGGGAAGGGUGCGAUCGAUCAGGUGAACUUGUUCAAGUUGGAUCAAUACCUCAAGACCUCGAAAAUCGCUCGAAAGGUUCGUACUUUGCUCGCGCUUUGUAUCUUUUCGAAAAAGCGGCUUACUUGAGUUGAGGAAGCCUUUUAUUUUGAACAGAUUGGUGGGUAUGUCGAUUCGUUGGCGGAAGAAACGACCGCGGCGGGACGACAGGCUGUACGGACGAAUGCGACGCGCAACUUGCAACGCAUACAAAAGUUCAUACUUUCGCUCGCUAGCUCGGAAAAGGACGGAAGGAUCUUGCUCAGUACUGAACCCAAACCUGUUCAAGCGGGACAGGUUGGCCCGGAGAAGGUGGAGGUGACGCUCAAGUACAUGUUGUUGGCGCCUAGCGAGUCGUUCAAGGACGUCACGGAGGAAGCGAGAUCCGUCGUUUUGGCAGGUGGGACGAUGGAGCCUGUGAGUUGAGGAUGUUCACGAUGACUGGUUACUGCCUCUCAGAGUUCGAGAGCAAGACCUGAGCUUGUUGCGUUCCUCAGAUGAGCGAUUUUCGCGAUCAACUCUUCCCUUACCUCCCCAGCGAAAGGUUUUCAACUUUUUCGUGCGGUCAUGUCGUGCCGCCCGAUCAUAUCGCUUGUUUCGCCGUUAGUAAAGGACCGACAGGUGGAUCGCUCGAGUUCAAAUUCGAUCGAAGAAAGGACGAGAAAUUAGUAAAGUCUCCGUCCGUAGGCCUCGCAGCGCAGCGCACAUACUGAUCCUUGUUCGAUUCCUCAGCUGGACGAAUUAGGUCACUCGAUCGUGAAUCUGACGAACGUGAUCCCGCACGGGAUCGUCGUCUUUGUCCCUUCGUACGAUUUCCUCUUCCAAAUCCAAGCAAGGUGGGAAAAGACGAACCUCAUCACUCGAUUGGGCUCCCGCAAAAAAGUCAGCUCUUUCCUACCUCCCAAUUCUCUUCCCCCCCACCCUCUUAUCUCACCCUCUCAAAUCCUACACAGGUCUUUUGGGAACCCAAAUCCUCUUCCGAAGUGGACCUCAUCUUACGAGAUUACUCGGCAGCGAUCACGACCCCUCCUUCGAAAGGGGCGAUCUUGUUCGCCGUCGUCGGGGCCAAGUUAUCCGAAGGGAUCAAUUUCGCCAACGAGAUGGCGAGGGCGGUAAUCAUUUGUGGUACGUUAGGAGUUGGGAUGAUGAGUUGAGUUGUGGGGCCUGAUGAGUGAAACUACAUUUUGCGUAUAGGUAUACCUUAUCCGAAUGCGCAAUCGACAGAAUUGAAAGAACGGAUGAACUUCCUCAAAACGACGGCUCCCAAGGAUUCCAAAAUCGAUCCAGGGCAGACGUUAUGUAAGUAUCCCACCUUCCCUACUUCUUCACUCCGUUCAAGAAGGAAGAACGCGUUCGCUGACUCCGGAUUUUCAUUCCCUCUCAGACCAAAACCUCGCCUUUCGCGCCGUGAACCAAUCUAUAGGACGAGCGAUUCGAAAUUCGACCGACUGGGCCGCCAUCAUCCUCCUCGAUGCGCGGUACCAACAAGUGAGUAAACAGACUCAACUUCCACGUUGGUUAGGUCAGGACGUGAGGAAUGUGGAAGGGUUUGGGCAACUUAUGAAGGAGGUGGUAGGGUUCGUGAAGAGGCGCAAGGGGGUAGAGGGGUAG